AUUCCCCGCAGUUCUCGACUGAAACUCGAACAGUGAACAACGGAAAACCUACGGCACUAGACGUGCAGUCGAAUAAAAUAAGUGAAUAAAAGAGACUGGAUAAAUUUGUUUCUAUUAAUACACUCGGAAACCGGUUCAACAGCUGAUUGUUCGCGGUGACGAAAUAAGUUCAAUAGCCAAGUGGCAGUGCAGUGGUGCAGUCUACUAAGGGGCUUCUCGAUACGCCGGAAUAAGAGUUUUAAAACUAAGCAGACGCCCUCGGUAGUGCCUUUAAAGAUCUUAACCCGGCACACCUACGACUACGCUCAGCGGACAAAGAAUUCAAUUGAUUCUGACAUCGUUUACGGGCGGGCAGCAAUGACAAUAACCGCAGUAGCCGGUGCAAUACCGACGUGAUCGUUGCACACCCAGCAACCAAUCAGUGAAAACGUGAUUUCCAAUUCAAACUAAAGUGAGACUGAUUUGUCUAUUGGUUGGUACCGUGCAGAGCCGCUGCGCCCCGAAGCAAAGUGAUUCGCGUCGCGGAAGUGUGCACCAGAAAGCGAUCCGAGCCUGACCGCGUAUGGUGGUUGGGUAGCGAUGAAUAGUAAUUGAAUUUCGCGAAGAAAGUCGCCAAUCAAGCUUGAAUUGCGGUCAAUAGGGAAGAAUUGUUCAGUCGACUGGAAAGGUCACGCGAGAAUUGCACAUUCUGUGAUCACUUGAGCGAAUGGAAUAAGAACGAAAAAGAAAGCCGCAGCUGAGUGAAAGAUAAGCAACAAGUUUUAGAAUAGUGCAAUUUUGUAUAGUGUUUGCAAACUCCGGUGAAAACAUGGCGGUGGUUUUGGUGAUUAAAAUUAUUUUUGCUGUAAGCAUUUUUGUCGGGUGUUCGGACAGUGCUAACAUUUUGGCAAUAUUUCCCGUGCCUUUCAAGGAACACCAGUUAUCGUAUAGACCGUUAAUAGAACAGUUGGCUAACAGAGGCCACCACAUCACACUUCUGACUACAGAUCCGAUUGAUCUUCGCAUAACCAGAAAUGGGUCGCUGGCGAAAAGUAUCGAACAAAUCGAUUUGAGUUUUGUCUAUAAUUUGCCGAUUCUAGAAGACUUAUACAAGACAAAUCUUGGAGCUCGAAAUAUGCUCCGGAAUGUGUUCAACGUAAUGAGAAAGAUAUCCGAAGCCGAACUCAAGCACCCAUUGGUGCAAGAGUUGAUCCAGGGAAGCGCAAAGUUCGACAUCGUCAUGGUCGAAUGGUCCGGGGUGAGUUUGAUGAAUGCCUUCGCUCAUCACUUCGAUGCCCCGUUGGUAGGAAUUUCGAACGGUGGAGCAUACAUCAACGCUCAUGAGGCACUAGGCAAUCCAAACCACCCCAUUGGCUACCCGAGUAUAUUUAUGCCGUUCACCGAGGAUUUAAGUCUUCUACAGAGGAUUUCCAGCGUGUUUUUUACCAUUUGGUAUCGUUUCUACUACUACACUGAAGAGAUUCCCAAGCAGAAUCUUAUCGCCAGCGAAAACUUUGGCUCCGAUCUUCCCGAUCUUUUUGAGAUCGAACGAAAAGCGGAUCUGCUUCUAAUCAACUCCUACCAAACGCUGGGGAAUGUUCGUCCUGUGGGACCGACCACCAUUUAUCUCGGUGGAAUACACCGGAAGCAGAGCAUGGUGAACGAAAUGACGGAAGAUUUAAUCCAUUUUCUGGAGCACUCUCAAGAACCGAUCGUUUACGUCUGUCUCGAUCUGGAUCCAGUAGCUGACGCUUAUCGUUUGGAGAAAAUCGUCAAAGCACUGGAAACAUUAGAUGCCACGAUCGUUUGGAACUGGAAUCAAGGCCAGCACGUCAAUACGUCCGCUCGAAAUUAUCAGUCAUAUCAUCUACCCCAGGAGGAUAUUCUUGCUCAUCCGAAGGUUAAAUUGUUUAUCACCGACGGCGGUCAGCGAAACAUCGAGGACGCCAUUCAUCAUCGGGUUCCGGUGUUGGGAAUCAGUUACUCGACCUCACUAGAACAUUACCUGCGCCAGAUUGCCAAAUAUGAAACCGGCAUUAUUUCAUUGAUUGACUUUGAAACACAAGCAACUAUCAUUGAAAAACUUCAGGAUGUUUUCCAGUUGGAUGAUUAUCAAUCCAACAUGAACAAACUGAACCGUCUUCUAGCGGACCAACCGAUGAGCUCGCUGGACCGUGCAGUCUGGUGGAUCGAAUAUGUUGUCCGCCAGGAAGGUACCGGGCAUUUACGUAUUCCGCAGCUGUCGUGGUUCCAGUACUUGAUGCUAGAUGUCACACUGACGGUUGCUGUCCUCGCUACAAUAGUCGGACUGGUGAUUGCCUACCUCAUCUACCGUGCCAUACGUUACUCGAAGAGUCUACCAUUUGAAAUGGUAACACGCGGUAGCAGAAAGUGCAAACUGAUGUAAGCGAACGGAGGUUCGGGACUUCGCUACAACAGUCGCACUUUCUCAUAAAAAUUAGAUUAGCAAAUGUAGAGAUAAACAACAAUCGUUACUAUAUCGAUUUCAAUGUUGUGAUACCCGCGGAUGGGUUGAUUCGAAUGACUUUGAUCCACCUUACAGAAGCUAAUAAGUUAGGAUUACACGAAAUGUGAUAUUAGAAUUAAAAUUUAAUACUAAGUAUUAUAAUGAAAAAUUAAUAAAUUAAGGAACCGCAAUAACCAUCAA